AUGACAAUCACCAGCAGCUCUCAAAGCUUCACCAGCUUCGUUAAUGGCUGGCUUGUCCGUCACAGGUAUUUCGUCGAACAGCUUGCCUGCGCUUCUUCCUUCGAUGGAACCACUCUCGAAGAACAGCAAUCUCUCGUCACCCAGUUUCUCUCUCACUGUCUUCAAUACUACCAAAAGAAAUCCGCCACCGUUUCCGUCGCCGGAGACAACGUUUUCACUUUCUUCUGUCCGCCGUGGUUCAGCUCCUACGCGAAACUCAUUCUCUGGGUCGGCGAUUUCAGGCCUUCUCUGGUCUUCAAACUCACCGCCUCCUCCGUGGACGACCUCACGCGCCACCAGGAAGACCGUAUCUCGAGUCUUCGGUCGGAGACCAGGAGGAAAGAGAGAGAUGUGAUGAGGGAUUUCGCGCUCGUUCAGCAGAGCGUGGCGGAUCCUCCGGUGAUGCUCGCGGCGAGGCGCGUCGGGGCGAUGGGGAUGGUUGACGGAGAAGAGUCGGAUUUGGAGGAUGCGAUGGAGGUGCUUAAGGCAGGGAUGGCGGCGGCGAUGAACAACGCCGAUCAGCUGAGGUGUUCGACGGUGGGGAGAGUGGUGGAGAUUCUUACUCCGUCGCAGGCGAUUAAGGUAUUGAGGACAAUCGGAGAGCUUCACCUCCGUCUGAGGGACAUGGUGGGUUUGGAGAGAGACCACGAAUGA